AUGGAACUGCAAGCGUCAGAAAACAAAGCUUUCAGUUCAGAUCUCGACUGGGAACGCACAGGCACCAUGAGAAAAAGCACUGUCCGGCCACUGAGUGAGGACAAGACGAGGGCAGGUGUCGCCAAGGAUGCCAAGAAAGAGCUUGACGACGACUCGGAUGGGUAUGACCCUUUAUCCGCCGAAUCGUUAGGUCCCCUGAUGUCUAGCAACCAGUUCGGCAUGCGGAAGAUUGCGGCCCAGGCGCUUAUGGAUGUAGCUUUGAUGAUGGCCAAUAUUUCACAGCUGCGAACCCUUCUCACAGCAGGUGUCAAGAUGGACUACUACAUCACUCUCAUCGCCCUGGUGAUCCUCUCGUUAGCCCUGCAGUUGUUGUUUGCACUUCUCAUUUUCGUCAUGUGGACGCGCGAGAGCGACCAACACCGGAAAGACGAAUAUCUAAAAACUUUACGAAAUGUGAUAGAAGUGACCAAACUAGGGUCAACCGCCGAUAAGGAGAAGGCCCGUGAUCUGCUGGUACGGAAACAGGAAGAUUACAACGAGGAUCGACUGACGUCGCACCUCAACUACAUCACAAUGAUUCUGGUGUUUGCCAUCACCGUGGUCAAUAUGUUCAUCACGGGCUUCGGCAUCAAGCUGGAGGAGUCCACUGACGCACUCAACAAAACUGUCAAAUAA